GGAGGGGAGAGAGGGAUGGAGGGAUGGAAGUGGAGGCUGUAAUCCAGUGAGACACGCAGAGGAGAGGCAGUGUGAGGGCAACGCCUUACAGCACCGUGAAUCUCUCUCUCUAUCGCUCUACCACUCUCUCGCUCUCUUAUCACUUUACCGCAACCCUUUCUUGCUCUACUGCUCUCUCUCUCUCUCCUUCUCUCGCUCUCUCGCUCACUCACUCGACCGGCAAAAACCCAAAGGGCUCUCCCCUCGUCUCUCAUUCAGUCCUCUCAGACUCUGAGGGCUGCUCUAUCGCUUUUCAUUUAUUCCCUUUUUUCUCUCUUCCUAUUUUAUUUCCUCUCCUUGUUUUCUCCCCCACCUCAUCUAAAAUAUCUCUGCUGUGGCAAAGGAUGCUUUGGUGAAAAAGGACCCAAAAGAGUUGUUUUAUUUGCGUCCUUUUCUUUCCUCAAGGCGUUGUCAUUGGAAGCAUCUUUGUUCUUUCGUUUGUAUUUAUUUGCUCCAUGUGUAACGGCUGUAAAUUGCUGUGUUGCUGCUGGGGAAAUAGGUUAGUGUGUCUGUGAGGAGCCAGCAGGAGAGGAAAGGGGGGAUUGUGUAUUCCGCAGAGAGGGGGAAGCCCGGCUGUAUCUCUCCGUUGCUGUGACUGCGAAUCCACGGCAACCCCGUUAGGUCCGGAGACGGAGAGAGGGAAUUACUGGGAUGCCAUCGCUAACCUUUGACCUCUACCGGUAACUCGCGCCGCAGCCUGGACAGACAGACCCGGGGAAAGGAAAGAAAAACCAGAAGAGACACGGAGAAACUAGAUCAACCCUUGAAUCGUUCCCGUAGCUUUGUGCUGCGCGUCGGAUGUGAGGUAGCAAGCACCAUGGAUAUAAACGUACAGUCUCACCGAUUCUACUUCCCUCAGAUCUACUGUACUGAGGCUGUGCCUGCUGGAGCCCAGGUCCAGGUCACAGCGCAGGAGUUUAAAGUCAGUGAGCAGAGUAUCUGCCAGGCACGAGCCUCUGUCAUGGUCUAUGAUGACGGCAGUAAGAAGUGGGUUCCCAUCAAGCCAGGCCAGCAGGGCUUCAGCCGUAUCAACAUCUACCACAACACUGCCAACAACACCUUCCGUGUGGUGGGAGUCAAAUUGCAGGACCAGCAGGUAGAGGUGGUAAUCAACUACUCCAUAGUGAAGGGUCUGAAGUAUAACCAGGCCACACCAACCUUCCACCAGUGGCGUGAUGCCCGUCAGGUCUACGGACUCAACUUCGCCAGCAAGGAGGAAGCUACCACCUUCUCCAAUGCCAUGCUGUUCGCUCUCAAUGUCCUCAGCACUCAGGACGGAGGCCCAGCGGUCCAGCGCCAAGUCCAGAAUGGGCCCACUACAGACGAGAUGGAGGUGCAGAGAGCAAGGCAGAUGAUGGAGCAACAGCAGAUGCAGGCCCACAUGGAGAGGGAACGACGAUCCUCGAACCCAGGCUCUCCUUUCCCAGGCCAUCCCGGUGUGCUUUCUGUAGCCCCCCCAGCCCCCAUGCCGCCCCCCAUGUCCAUGGGCUCCUCUUUAGGUGGAGGCCCCCCCUCACUGGGUGCCCCUAUGCCUCCUCCCCCUCCCGGGCCCCCUCCCCCCUCGGCAGGGGCUCCCCCGCCCCCCCUGCCUCCUCCGCUGCCCAUGGGUGGAGGGGGACAGGGUGAGGAGGCUCCCGCCCCGACGGGACUCGCCGCCAUGAUCGCUGGAGCCAAACUGCGCCGCGUCAAUAGACCUGAGGACUCUAACUCUUCAGGAUCGGGGGCCAAAAACGAUGCCAACAGGACGAGUGGCGGCAGCGGAGGACUGAUGGAGGAGAUGAAUGCUCUGCUGGCGCGGAGAAGGAAAGCAGCGUCAGAGAAGCCUGAAGACAGCCAAAAUGAUGACCUGAACGGAUGCCCUUCACCCAGCACCAGGGGUGGACAAAACGCCACAGAUGGAGGGAAGAAGCCAUGGGACAGAGCCAACUCUGCCGAGAGGUCAUCACUGGUAUCAAGGGUACGACCUGUGGGGAGUAGCAGCGACACAGACGCCUUAGACUUUGACAGAAUGAAGCAGGAAAUCUUGGAAGAAGUCGUUCGUGAAUUGCACAAGGUGAAGGAUGAGAUCAUUGAUGCCAUUAGACAAGAACUGAGCAGAAUCAGUACUACAUAAUCUUUCAUGUGACCCCAGCUUUUGGAACCAUCGUCCCCACGCCAACUAUUGUUAGGAAGCAAGGAGAGGAUCAAGGCUCGAACCACAACCUUUUAUUUAUUGUACAUUGUUGUGAUGUUGUAGCAACGUAACAAUGUUGCUGUAACACUCCAGGAAUGUUACGUUUGGUUUGGAAGAAUAGGAUGGAUGGACACUCUCACUGCUUUUCUCUGUUUCUUUGGUUUUUCUCUUCUCUUUUUCCUUUCUAUCUGUCCAUCGGUAACCCCAUGUUUGCUGUUCUUUUUCCAGUCUUAAAGGCAACAUUUAUUCAAUUCAAUGAAGUAACCUCUUGUUUUUUUUUUUAGGAGUUUAUUGUUUUGAUUAAAAAAAUGUUGUUUGGGGUUAUUAUUACUAUCAUUGUCAUUAUUAUGACCAUUCUUUUUAUUAUUGUAGAUGUAAUGGUGUGAACAUGAAUAGUAGUAGUUUUAGUGAUGGCAAUAGUAAAAAUGACUAAAUAAUAAUGAUAAUGAUAUGGAUGAUGAUAAUAAUAAUUACACAUCAUUUUAUGUCAGCCUUUUAUAUUUUAUAUUGUAUUUUUUUCCUUUUGGUUUUGUUUUACAAUACAAUAAUAAGCACAUACGGAUUUCUUUCUCAUGAUCUGACCUUGAGAUUUUUUGAAGAGUUUUGUAUCCUUUUCGCCAACACCGUUUUGUGUGUGUGUGUGUGUGUGUGUGUGUGUGUGUGUGUGUGUGUGUGUGUGUGUGUGUGUGUGUGUGUGUGUGUGUGUGUGUGUGUGUGUGUGUGUGUGUGUGUGUGUGUGUGAUUUUUAAAAACAGGUCUUUAACCUGAAAGGGAGGGUGGUAUAUAAACUAUUGCUCUUUGGAUAUUGCAAUCUUAUGAACAAAAAAACAUCAAUACACCAGAGUAUUUGUGUUGAUGUUGUUAAAAAUGUUUAUUGGCUGCAAGAAUAAGUAUUGUUCGUUUUAUUAUUUACUUUUAUGACCAAGUGCUUCCUGGUUUAAAAAUUUGAAAAAGACACACACUACAUUAAAAAUGAUUUCAAAUAAAACUGUGAACAAUGUCUUGGAUAAAUGAA